AUGUUUUGGCAUAAGUCAUCGCCAGCUCUCAAGAUGGGAAUCCUCGGGCCCGGGACCGGCACUGCGAAAAAGCUUCCCUCGAACAACUUACUGGGCACGCCUCCUGAUACCCCUGAGUCGAGUCCUGCCCCAGAUUUGCAGCCUAUGGCCACCCCCAAACUGCGGGGGGCUCUCCUCCAGCAACCACUACCCACGCCCCCAGACACUGGGCUUGCGCUCAAUGUCCCGAAAGCUCAUGAUUUUGGAUCCUUCAUGGAUAUCACAACACCUCCAGAAGUUGAAGAAACGCCUGCGACCCCGACAACAGAAGACUGGCCAGAAAGUCCCACCUCCCAGCUUACCCAAGAAGCCUUGAGGUUUUGGGGAGAAGACUUCUCAGACACAGCCUCAACAGUACUCACAACACCAUCCAAAGCUCCCUUCACCCCCUCAAAAUCAGGAUACCGCUAUCCACACCACGUCGACGACCUAAUCUUCGACUGCGAAGACUCUCCCGAGACCCCAGACACUCAGCUAACCCAAGAAGCCUCCCGCUUCUGGGACGACACCCCCGACACCCCCUUCACAGCCCCCUCCUCAGCACCAUCCCUAGCAGGAACCCCAUCAAAACCUCUCCCAGGAAAAACCCGCCACUUGCUGCCCAGAGAACCCGGCCUCAAAACCCCCCUCCCAUGCAACAACUGCGGCUCUCUAAUCUCACCCAACCACCAACACCCCCUCCAAUGCACCCAUCUCCUCUGUUCCACCUGCACGAGGCAAACCCUCAUCACCUCCCUCAUCUCCAAACCCUUCGUCCCAGCAGCCUGUCCUUGCUCUGCCUCGACCCCGAUCCCGAAAUCCACCCUCCGACAAUCAGUGACCUACCUCCAAUUCAUGGCCUACGCCGACAAACUCACCGAAAACUCCAUUCCUGCCGACCAGAGGUUGUACUGCCACAACCCCCAAUGCAAAAGAUUCAUCAACCCGAAGCUGGACGUGAAAAAGGGAGGGAAAGUAGGGACGUGUGGGCAUUGUGGGGGAAAUACGUGCAAGAGGUGUGGGCAGAAGGGGCAUAUGUUUGGGGUUAGUCAGCAGACUUGUAAGUUAUCUACCUCAACGAGGAGAAAGAAGGAGAGGAUGAGAGGCUGA